AUGAAUCCUUCUUUAAUUACAAGAGGCAAAAACUGGACACAAGCUCACAAUGCUCAGUUCUUCUUUACUUCUGCAUAUUCCAGUCAAAAUAUACAAGCGGCUUUGGAUGUUAUUGCGCAAAUCUGCUAUAAUACGAAUAACAACCACAUAGAAAGAUCUAUCCCUAUACAGCAUCAAAACAAGAAGGGCUGCUGCUAA